AUGGCGACGUUCAGUCUGCACUACGGGCGCGAUGAUAGCGUGUUGGACCGAUGGCAGCAGUUGUGCAUCGACUGUGGCGUGGGAGCUUUACGUUCAGUUGCGAUCAAUAUCUGGGACCUGAUCAAAGGGCGAGAAAGCGGUGAACUUCCGGUGCAACGGUAUAGAAACAAAACGGAGCUUCGCAAAGACUUGCAGAAUCGAAGCAGACGCUUUCCGUUGAGAGCGUUGAAAGCCUCCGGAGAGAACAAGCUGCUGCGGACACUCCUGGUCACCAUCGCAUAA